UCCUUCUUGUUCUUGCCUGAGUCUUGUCAUUCCGGACUAAGCAGAGCAGGUGCGAGCCACGAACUCGGACCGGACGACGACGACGACGACGACGAUGAUGUAAACUUCAGAUACAACUUAUAAAACUAAAGCAACGUUGAUGGGGGAAAACAGAUCGGAAACAAAUCGGAUUUUACUGUAAUUUACAAGUCGUGUAGACAUUGUAGCUGUUAAUGAAGUCAACAUUUCAAUGCGUUUUCCUCCCGCUGCCGUCUGAAUGACGUGAAGGGCUUUUGCUGAUAGUUUGUCUAUGACUAAACAACAAUAUUUAAACUCCUACUAUUGUGUCCUCUGUACUAAAGCUAUCAACAAGUGGUGGUGUACCUACAAUUGAAGCGGCUUAUCUUUUUGUUUGUGAUGUUAUUUCAUUAAAGGAUUAAAAAAUAAAAAGCUUAUCUCAAAUUUGGAGUAUUUACCUACGCCUCACCCGCCCGGAGUUAUGUCAGUGCACGGAAGACGACUACUCAUAACUGACACCUAACAAAUAUUAUUCAUAUUUGUAAGUAAACAAAAAUGUUCUAUAUUUCUUUCUCCUAUUAAUGUGUUUUCCCUGCUGUAAUUUAUCUACAAAACAAACCAGCAAUGACAGUAACAGCGUAGUUACUUGGAGAGGAUUAUUUAAAAACACCCCUGUCAAUCUGAAUUGUGUUUUAGACAUGGAGGUACGUAUAAAGUUCGGGAAACAUACCGAAAGUAUUUAUGAUGUCAACAUACGAGACGACUGUCGCCCUCGCGUUGGGGAGGCCUCGACCUCUUCUGAAACCGUUGUGAUGGAACCUGCUAUAUGGUUUAAAUGCCUUGUCAUUUCUUAUAUUCACCUGGAUUGUGAUCUUCGGCGAAUUAAAUUUCGAAAGUCCUUUAGACUUUGUGGCGGGGGUGUACCACUGGAGGCCGAGACUGAAGAAACUCUACAAGGUUCCAAUACCCUCUGUUCGCAUUAUCGUUUCAGUGAAAAGUCUAUCGAUGCCACAGACUAUGCUGAAUGUUACGAUUUUGAAUGUUUCUUGGACGAAUUGUUUGACCAAGCUAUCGAGUGUCUUAACAAUUUCAGGCGUAAAGAAAUCACACUCAACCAAUUCCAUUCUCACGUAUUAAGACUACUUCACUGUUUUGUGUUUCCGUCAAUAAAAUUUACCACCUGCGACCUGCCCCUUCUCUUGCAGUCCCAGGAUUACAUUCACGAACAGCUGAGUAAUAUAGAAAAAGCUAUCCUGAAACAAGACAAACUUGUUUUCCAAACUGAAUCCUCACUUCGUUCGCAAAGGGAACGUUUAUUCCGCACGGAAAGCUUUCACAAAGAGUCUUAUAUAAGACAUAACUGCAAGUCUGAGUUUCUUGAAAUCCUGCUCAAAGAUGUCGAAAGGGACAUUUUUAAGCACGAUAAACUUCUGGAUGAAUGUCAGAGAAAAAUCAACGACUUGAAAGCGAGUCGAAGUCAAAAUGUUUGCACGUUACAAAUUUAUCGCAAAGAUAGAGAUGUAAUUCACCAACAAUUGACAAAUCUGGAAAAUAUUCGCGAAAAUAUAAAGAAUGUGAUUGUAAGGCCUGCAUUGAAAAAGAAAAAAAUUCGGCGCAAGAAAUUACAGAAGAAUGUAUUUCAUGAUAUUUAUAAUGAAGUUUACAAAAAGUUAUUGGAACAAAAAGAAAAGUUGCAGAACCAAUGUUUCAAUAAGGUGAAAAUGGUGACAGUUCGCGAAGCUAUAACUAUGUCGAUUCGAGAUAUCCAAUCUGUUGGAGAAACCUUAGGUAUAGACGUAAAAAUCGAUGGCAGUGAAAGGGCUACAGACAUUCUGGAUGUCAAUGAAAAACCUGAUUAUUGGAAAACCCAUAAUGAAAAGAUAGCUCACAUUUUAGCUAAUCCCAAGGAAACGGCACACAAAAUUCACGUUCGUUUUUGUUCUAACAUUAGAGAUAGAAUAAAUGCCUUUAUUGAUGAAAAUGUUAUGUUUAACUUUGGUACUUUGAAGAAAGAUACGUCUACUGAAUUUUGGAUUUCGCCUGCGGAAUUAAGUAUUCUAAAUCAAAAUACAAUCACAACACAUCGACGUAGAAAUUUUACAUAUAACUCCCUUUCAAAUUCUCCUGAUAGUCUAAGUUACCAAAGUGUCAAUUCUAUAGAAUUACCAGAAUUAGACGAUGGCUGCUGUUCGAACAAAAGACAGUCCAUUCUAAGCGAUUGUUUCAAAACCAUUCCUAUGAAGUCUUCUCUAGAUAUUAUUUGUUCUGACAUCAAAAGUCACAUGCAGAAUAUGACCUACCAAAUCCUACCACCACUACUUUUACCUGAAGACAUUUCUCCAGCCAAACUGUGGCUGAUUUAUGAGAGUCACCUGUACUUAAAUAUCAUGGACGAUAUUCUUUACCUUUACUCAACAGCCUAUGGUUCGCAAUGCCAAAAACUCAUCAGCAAUAUUGCAAAUUUCUCUGUUACAGAAUUUGUUACCGAUGAUGACUUUGUACAGCAUCUCUUUUCUAAGUGUGACAUGUAUGAUAGCAUCAGCCAGGUAGACUCUGGCAAAAGUAGCAGUAACAGCAGCGAAGAAGAAGAAAUUUUGAACACUGGUAACUUUCGACUGUCUACCUCACUAGAAGACUUGAAGUGGCGGGGAAGUUUGGUGAGGAAUUUGUACAAGCGAGCUGAUGAAGAAUGCUCGAAUCUAAUGGAAUCUCUGGACAUUUCUGCACAAAGCACCUCCUUACAGAGCUCUGUCGAUUCUGACGAGUCUUUUAUGGCCCGUUUAUCUGCGAAUCCCAGACCACAAGAACCAGUUCGCACAGAGAUUUAUUUAGCUAAACCGUCCAGAAAUUCCCAAUACAACACACUCAAGUUCAAACAGUUGUUUACCCCAGCUCUAGUCUACUUGGACAACCUUUCAAUAACCAGUAGUAUUGUCGCUAAACUCCGUUGUUUAACACGAAUGUUUCAUUGCUUAAAUUCCACGAUUUCUACCCUCUGUUCAGUCGAUAAUAAGCAAUAUUGUGUCUGUUCUGAUGAAAUACUCACUGUAGCCAUAUUGAUGUUAGUAAUGUUGGUCGAACCACAGAAACUGAAAACAUUCUACAUCAAUUUAUUGGUUAUUGUGGAUCUAAUGGCACCGUGCCUUAUUGGAGGUAUACACGAUUGCAGCCUAACCACAUUCUACAGUGCCUUCCAGUUUAUAUCCGACCGUAUUUUCCUUAUGACUCAAAAGAGAUGAGAUAUGUCGCUCUACAGAGAAAAAAAGAGAAAAUCCCCGAAGAACGGAAGAACGUUGCCAAGACCAUGGUGCUGAUUCUAAGGUCAAGCCACUCCCGGUGCUAAGAAAGCAGGUGUGAUCAUUGUUUUAUUGGCCAUUCUUUGACUCCACUGAACACUGAGAUUCCAGGUUGUGAGGUCUUUUAUGAUGGAAUUCUCUGUUUAAAGAAUUGGAUGGACAAUAAAUUCUUUGAUUGUAAUUGGUGUCUUUUACCUGAGAGGAAGGAGGCUGCAAUUGAAUUCUGUGAUUGAACUCCUCUCACACACAACUGUCAAGCCAACAACCAUUCCGGUUACUUGUCCAACACAAAUGGGAA